CGCGCCCGCCGGCGGAUGCUCCCCCCUGCCUGGCGCUCGCUCGCUAGCUAGCCAGCCGGCAAGCCACUCCGCCACGGGAGAGGUUUAAAGCCAGCAGCGCCAGCGCGCGCGGUAAUAUUAAUUAAUUACUCUCCACCGCCUCGAGCUGCUGGUGCGCGGCGAUGGCGUCCAACGCGACGGCCAAGUGCCCGGGCCCCAUGAAGGCGGCCUCGCAGGGGGCGUUCCAGGGGGAGAGCCCGCUCGACUACGCGCUGCCGCUCGCCAUCCUGCAGAUCUGCCUCGUCGUCGUCGUCACCCGCGGCCUCGCCUACCUGCUCCACCCGCUCCGCCAGCCCCGCGUCAUCGCCGAGAUCAUCGGAGGAAUUCUGCUGGGCCCGUCGGCGCUGGGGCGCAGCCACAAGUUCUUGCACGCCGUGUUCCCACCCCAGAGCAUGACGGUGCUGGACACGCUGGCCAACCUCGGCCUGCUUUUCUUCCUGUUCCUCGUCGGCCUCGAGCUCGACAUCUCCGCCAUCCGCCGCACUGGCAAGAAGGCCCUCGCCAUCGCGCUUGCUGGCAUCUCUGCCCCGUUCGCCCUCGGCAUCGGCACAUCGUUUGCGUUCCGUGCCACCAUCGUUAAGGGCGCGCCACAGGGACCCUUCCUUGUCUUCAUGGGCGUCGCGCUCUCCAUCACCGCGUUCCCGGUUCUGGCCCGUAUCCUGGCCGAGCUGAAGCUUCUGACCACUGACCUUGGACGCAUGGCCAUGUCCGCCGCAGCCGUCAACGAUGUUGCUGCCUGGAUCCUGCUGGCACUUGCCAUUGCCCUCUCCGGUUCUGGCUCGCCGAUCAUUUCGCUCUGGGUGCUGCUCACUGCCACCGGCUUCGUCAUCGCCAUCGGCUUGUUCCUCCGCCCGGUGCUGGCCUGGAUGGCUCGCCGGUCACCCGAGGGCGAGCCGGUCAAGGAGGUUUACAUCUGCGCCACCCUCGCCAUUGUCCUGGCUGCUGGUUUCGUCACCGACACCAUCGGCAUCCAUGCUCUGUUUGGUGCCUUCAUGGUUGGCAUAGUCGUCCCCAAGGACGGGCCUUUUGCCGGCGUGCUCAUCGAGAAGGUGGAGGACCUCAUCUCAGGGCUCUUCCUACCGCUUUACUUCGUCUCCAGUGGCCUCAAGACCGAUGUGGCCACUAUCAAGGGGGCCAAGUCCUGGGGCUUGCUCGUGCUCGUCAUUGCAAACGCAUGCCUCGGCAAGAUCGGCGGCACGGUGAUCACGUCUCUGUUCGUCAAGAUCCCCGUCCGGGAGGCGGUCACCCUCGGCUUCCUGAUGAACACCAAGGGGCUCGUGGAGCUCAUCGUCCUCAACAUCGGCCGGGACCGCAAGGUGCUGAACGACGAGGCGUUCGCCAUCCUGGUGCUCAUGGCGCUGUUCACCACCUUCAUCACGACGCCCAUCGUGAUGGCCAUCUACAAGCCGGCGCGGAAGACGGUGCCGUACAAGUGCCGCACCGUGGAGUGCGCGGCCGGGGACACCGACAGCGAGCUGCGCGUGCUGGCCUGCUUCCACACCAACCGCCACAUCCCGACGCUGCUGAACCUGGUGGAGGCGUCGCGGGGCACCGGGCGGCGCCGCCUCACCAUGUACGCGAUGCACCUGGUGGAGCUCUCGGAGCGGUCGUCGGCCAUCGGCCUGGUGCAGCGCGCGCGGCGCGACGGCAUGCCCUUCUUCAACAGCAAGGAGCAGCGGACGGAGCAGAUGGUGGUGGCGUUCGAGGCGUUCCAGCAGCUGAGCUCCGUGCGGGUGCGGCCCAUGACGGCCAUCUCGGACCUCGACACCAUCCACCGCGACGUCAUCGACAGCGCCGCCGACAAGCGCGCGGCCAUCGUCAUCAUGCCGUACCACAAGGCGCUCCACCACGACGGCUCCUUCCAGUCGCUGGGCUCGGCGUACCACGCCAUCAACAAGCGCGUGCUCCGCGAGGCGCCCUGCUCCGUCGCCAUCCUCGUCGACCGCGGCCUCGGCGGCCACGCGCAGGUGUCGGCCAGGAACGUCUCCUUCUCCGUCGCCGCGCUCUUCUUCGGCGGGCCGGACGACCGCGAGGCGCUCGCCUACGCGACGCGCAUGGCCGAGCACCCGGGCGUCGCCGUCACGCUCGCGAGGUUCCAUCCGAGCCGGCCGCAGCCGGACGAGGAGGACGCGGCCGACGAGGCGGCGGUGGAGGCGUUCAAGGCCAAGGUGGGCGCCGUGAAGGACGGGUCGGUGCGGUUCGAGGAGCCGGAGGCGUACACCAGGGAGCAGGUGCUGGCGACCAUCGAGUCGCUGUCCGGCUUCAACGUGUUCGUGGUGGGGCGGAUGCCACCGACGGCGCCGCUGGUGGAGAGGCCCGACGAGCUGGGCCCCGUGGGGAGCUACCUGGUGUCCCCGGGGUUCAGGACGUCGGCGUCCGUGCUGGUCGUCAAGAGGUACGACCCGGCGACGAACCCGAAGAGCAAGCGGUUCGAUCCCAAGGCAGGGCCCCCUGCCGCGACGGAGGAGGACGCGCUGGACGAGGCGGAAAUGGGAAGAUCCGCCGUGGUGCCCGUGACGCAGUCGCCCAUGAGCGAGAUCGCGUGAGCAUGCAAGCCGCGAGACGGCGAGAGCUGAGCUGCUGGCUGCUGUGGAUGUGACUGUGCUGUGGCCUGUGUGGACCGUCGUCUCGCCGAUCUCGCUUCCGCCCGUGUGCAGGUCACAGCGGAUAGAAUGUGUAUAUAUACAUGUCGUGUGUUUACUGGUGGUACAUGCAGCUGAUGUAUGAGUAGCGAACUGUGUAGCAACUGGCCUGUAGCGAACAUUACAACUGGCAUUGUAAUGUUCGACUGGGGUGACGACGAAGGCGACGCUGCUACGCCGGGGCGCGCGACUGCAGAGCGUUUUGACCCUCUGGGGCGAACAUUCGCUCAGCGUGGGCGUUCCGGUCCCACCCGGGCUGGUCGCCGCGGGGCCUCCCCGCAGCAUCCUGGUACGUGCCGCGCGCUCGGGCCGCUGCUAUUUCGGUCUGUUCCCCUCUGGACUCUUGUUGCUGGUGCAAUGUCUGUGCUUGGCCGCACUCUCUCCCUUGCUGGUGUUCCACAGCUGGUGAUCCGCGAUCUUCCGACACCUGUCCAGCCGGCCACGCCUCCGCCACCUAUCCGCCUGGCCACGCCUUCGCCUCCUCCGUCUCAGCCCUUUCUGGAGAUUGAGGAGGCUCGUCGUUCCCCCUCGGGCGCCCCCUCCCUGGAGGACAUACUGCUCGAGGAGGAGCACGAGGUCAGCGUCAGGCGACGUCGCGCGCGUCGCAAGCGCGCUCAGGACAGUGCUGCCA